UCCAAAAGACUGCCGACAGUGCCAAGGACUUUUACCUGUUGACUCCAUCUCCUAUGACCUCAAAACAACUUUAAUGUUUGGGAGAAAGAGUCUAAGGAGGAAUUAAGCAUCACCAACGCGAUGAUCGCAUCUUGCGAUGAUUCACGCGUGGAAGAGAACGAUAAAAACUAUCUGGAAUGUAAUGGAAACUUUGGGAAAGUAAGGGGAAUGAACUGCAGUCUUUCUGCGGGGAACAAGAGCAUCGGUCGGUCGGUCGCAACGGUGAUAGCACAUGAGUCUACCUGUCAGCGCAUCUCUCUGCCAGGUGUGAUGGACGCGGAAGGCAGAGUGGACGAGUCCAGACUCAGGAUGUUUAUAUAUAAAAACGGUGGUGUGUCUCCUGAGGACCGGGGUCAGGUAUGGCGCUUUUUAUUCGGGAUGUAUGCCUGCAGCUCUACGACUCUGGAGCGCCCCCUAUUGCUAGAGCAGAUGGCAAUGCGCUAUCAGGUCAUGAAGAGGAAAUGGCAACAGCUGCUUCCUGGAGCCGUUCGUCUGCGUCUCAAUGGCAUGGACGCGGAACUGUUGGCAGCUGUGAAAUAUUUUGACCAGAGGCAGGACAGUGAGUACAAUCAGCAGCAGUACCGGUCAGAAGAGGUCAAAGAGCGGUUGUCUUUUUUGGAGCUGCAGGCUCAGGUGCUGUUCGAACGGGUACAGUUUGACCUGGAAGAGCUUGAGGAGGCCAUACGCAUUAUUGACAAGGAUGUCCCCCGAACAGACAGAGAUCUGCCCUACUACCAGAAUGAAGGCUUGGGUAACCUGCUUGUGUUAAGAGAUAUCCUGAUCACGUUUGCUGCUUUUCACCCAGAAGUGAGUUAUGCACAGGGUAUGAAUGACCUGUGCAGCCGCUUUCUGGAGGUACUAGACUCCGAAGUAGACACUUUCUGGAGCUUCACCUGCUACAUGGAGAAGUUUUCCAAAGACUUCCGUGCUGAUGGAAUGUAUCGCAAAAUGGAGUUGGAGGCUGCUUUACUAAAAGAACUGGAUCCUCAGCUACAUUCUCAUCUGGUCACAGAAAGGAUGGACAGACUCACAUUUUGUCACAGGUGGCUGCUGUUGGGUUUCCAGCGUGAAUUUGAACACAGUGAUGCUUUGCGUCUGUUUGAGAUUCUCAGCUGUGAUCACCUGGGGCUCAUCUCACAGCAGGUGGAUCAAGCUCGAUAUCAGGAGAGACUGACACGCAAACAAAGCCUGGAGGAUGAACCUGUGACAGAGGCUCAGGCCAUCAAUACAAACUUCACCUUUGAACUCUUCAUGUGUGCCACCAUUCUGCUGGAGAACAGAGGAACUCUACUGAGCUGCAGGAACGAGGUGCAACUCAUCCAGUUUGCAAGCAGUCUGCAGGGCAAGCUGGACCUGAACAGCACCUUACAAAAAGCUGAGGAACAUAUUUAUAACUACUGCAAACGCUCAGCUCGGGCCUAUUUGAGUGGUCGCUAUUGCCUCCGCAAAAGCAAAGAGGACAACUUCUUAUAUCAACUCCGUAAACUUUUCUCGUGAGAUCAAAAGGUUUGCAUGGAAUUUUCCUAGAAGAGGUCUUGUUGACCUAUACACAUGAGACUCUGAGUCUUGGGCUUGGUGCUCCCAUGGGACUAUUUUAUUUUAUUCUGAAGAAUGAUGCUGCUUUUAGCCAGGGACUGGUUACGGAUCAAGGACAACGAAUUGUCCAUUUCAAAUAAUUCCAGUUCCUUCUAAGAUAAUUGUUGGAUCUCCGUUUAUGAGCCUUCUGUUAUAGUGUCAGGAUUUAGCUCUCACCCUCAUGUUUUCUAAACCUGGAUGCUGUUUUUUUUUUUAAUUCCUCUUUUUGUUGUGUUCCAAAUAACAGCAUACAGGAUUAAACGACUUGAGGGUGAAUAAAUAAUGACAGAAUGUGCAUUUUAGCUUGAACAUUCCUUUGAAAAAAUAAAAUAAGACAAGUAUGCUAAACAUUUUAAUAUUACCACCAAAGUUUUAAUUUCCUUUUACCCUGACUGUACAUAUAUGUAGCAUUUGGGAAUUUCAAAAUAAGUGAUUUUUAUUGUUUUAUUGUAUUUAAUUUUUUUUUCUUUUGGUAUCACUCAAGACUUGAUUAAGCCCAUUGACUGUAGAUAUGCUUCAUUUUUUACAGUGAUGCAUGCAACAUCGAAUUUGGCCACAUUUUGAACAGGAUUUUUAGCUAGUAAUCUAGUCUAUGUGCUAGGAAAACACAGGUAACAGAAAUCCUGAUUGCUUAACUAAGCAGGACCUGGCCUGUGAGUAUUAUUUAAUCCCAGAAGUAUCAAGUGCUCGCUUAUGUGUAGGCCACAUUAGAGCACAAUAUAAUAAUAGAAACACUUGCUGUACAGAUGAAGUUCUAAGAAGCUCUAGAAGAGCCUCUGUGGCGUUCCAUGUCCAAACGUAAAGUGUUCUCAAGUAUCAACUCAUCAGAAAUAGCUCAUUGGGUGAUGGGGGAGACACAAGGAUUGCCAUGUUUAAAUAAUUUCUAAUCUGUAUAUUUGGUUAUUUAUUACGAACUGACACAAUGUGACACUACACAUUCAAAGAGGGAUUUCUAUUCUACCAAUAGAAUUUAAAAGACAAACAGAGUUCUAAAUAUUUAAUAGAACUGUAAAAAAGAUUGGUUUAAACAAAAUCAGGGUUGUGAAUAUUGAUGUAUGCAGUCUCUAUAUUGUCCAUUACAUAUUAUGUAUAUGUUUUUUUUUUUUUGCUUUGUUUUUCUUUUUAUUUGUUUUCAUCUGUUGUUUCCUGUUUUUUUUUUUUUUUUUUUGUUUGUUUUUUACUAAAAG